AUGAGCGAAUGGAUUUCUGUUGGUGGACAAAGAAUACGUCGAUCGCGACGACUUUUAGCGAAAGGUCGCGUCGACUAUCGUCGAUUCUUUCAAUUGACUCCGUUACCGUGGCAUAAACUAAGAGCUCAACCAAAAUCUCAAACUAAAAAUCUUUUUGUGUGCAGAAGUCAAAGGGAGAUUAUAAUAACAAAUCAACCAACUGUAGCAACGAAGCAGAAGAAGCAGUCUCCCAAAAAACAGCCGAAAGGUUUGAAAAGAAGUGCUAACAACCAGAGAAGCUCAAAUCAGAGACGAAGACUUGAACCGGAAGCGCAAAUGGCUAUCCAGGAUAGCUCCGAAACGGAAGAAAGAUCGAAGACCAAUUCCGGGGUCGAACCGUCUUCUGUUGAGGCUGCUCCGGGAACUUCAACUGAAUCCGCUGAAGCUGAAUUAGUCCUAAGAGAAAUCGAUCCACUUCGACUUGCUGAGGAAUGUGACCAAAAUAUUGAAGCUAGUAACUCUUCAUCUAAUGCACUGCCUCCUAACAAUCCGACUGUACGCCGUCGUUUCCCGGCUACACCACAUUAUCGACGCGAUUCGUCCGAUAGUGAUGAUCUUCCAGAAGAUCAGGAUGAGCAGAACCUAUUCAGGGAUUGCAUAGAAGUAGCACCAGAGGAUUCGAAUAAUAGAAAAUCUGCGUACUUCAUGGUUCGAACCACCGAAAAUUUGGAGAACAACAAUUCUCCACCAAAACCAAAUUUUCUCGAAACACCUAGAAAAUCGAAACGCAAAGCAAAUCUACAGGCUUCACCUUCACAAGGUUUUCAGUAUCCUUGGGAGAAGGCUGAACUUCCAAUUAAAAUCAACCGCUGUUCUACUCCGCUAUCGUGUGGACAUCUAUGCAAUUUUGGAACAGGUUCACCCCAAUUAAAUGGUCCGCUAUCCACUCCAAUAUCACUAAAUCGAUCUGAUGGUGAUGGACCUUUCUUGGAAUAUCUAGCAAUUCUUGCUUCAAGUGGCCAAACAAAUCCUGAUCAGGAUCGACAGCACGCAGGAGCAAACAAUGCGCAAAAAACCCUUUCUCACAUCUUUGAUGCAAUACAAGCUUAUAAAACUCAAAUGAAUCAGCUGGCAAUAGAACCCGCUAACAAUAAUCCACGCCUACAAGAAAUCCUACGUAGAUUCGAACCAGACGUAGACAAAGGAACUGAAAAUGACGCUCAUCCUUAUUUGUCCGAUGAUGAGGACGAAGCACAUCAGCCGGUCAACAAGGAUCGCGAUGUGGAUACUCCAGAAAAGGAUCCAACAGAGGAACAUUAG